GGCAACAGGCAUGCUAACAAGGAACAAAGAUACUAAUAUUCACUUUGUGACAUCUUUCAGAUCUUUAAUUAAUGAUCAGGAACAAACACUAUUUCUGAGAAAUGUUUAUGAACAAAUAGUUAAUAUUUUUGAUACUCAGAAGUUACAUGGUUCAUUUUUGUAAUAAAGAGGAUCCGUCGAUAUAUUUUUAUUUUUAAAUGUUAUGUCAUGCAUCUGUGCAUCAAUGAUGAAUGAUGACAGUUACAGCUAAGUACAUUUUGAAAUGAAAAUAAGCUUACUCUAUUUUAUAUAAACUUUAUGUUCAUUAUUUUAAAAUGAGUUUUAAACAGAUCUUCCAUGUAACUAAGAAUACACAAUGAUUACAUAUCUAUUUCUAAAGAAGUAGGGAAUCUUCAAUCUUGGAAAAAAAUAUGGCAUUGGAUGAAUUUGAUCGUAUUAAGGUUGUUGGGAAAGGAAGUUAUGGUGAAGUAUGGCUUGUGCGACACAAGAAGGAUCGAAAGCAGUAUGUGCUGAAAAAAAUGAAUCUUCAGCGGGCUUCGAAAAGAGAGAGAACGUCGGCAGAGCAAGAAGCCAAACUGCUGUCAAAACUGAAACAUCCCAACAUUGUGUCGUACAAAGACUCGUUUGAGACUCAAGAAGGCAGUCUCUACAUUGCCAUGCAGUACUGUGAGGGUGGCGACCUUUACACGCGACUCAAAGAACAGAAAGGUGUUCUGCUAGUUGAGAGACAGGUUGUUGAGUGGUUUGUGCAGAUUGCCAUGGCUUUGCAGUACAUGCAUGAACGUCAUAUACUUCAUCGAGAUCUUAAGACUCAAAAUAUUUUUCUAACAAAGAGUAAAAUUAUAAAAGUUGGAGAUUUAGGUAUAGCCAGAGUAUUAGACAACUGCACUGAUAUGGCCACAACUUUAAUAGGAACCCCUUACUACAUGAGUCCUGAACUUUUUUCUAACAAGCCAUAUAAUCACAAGUCUGAUGUGUGGGCUUUAGGAUGCUGUGUCUAUGAGAUGGCCACAUUAAAGCAUGCAUUCAAUGCAAAGGAUAUGAAUUCUUUAGUCUACAAAAUUUUGAAAGGAAGGAUGCCACAGAUACCAAAGCAGUACAGUCCAGAACUGAACGCCAUUAUUAAGAGUCUGCUGAACCAGGACCCAGACAAGAGGCCGAGUGUGAACCGAAUCCUUCGCGAUCCUUUCAUCAAGAAAAAUAUAGCAAUAUUUCUAGAAGAUACCAAGAAAACUUGUCGUCGACCAUCGACAGCUUCUAGACCCUCAUCAUCAUCAUCCAGUACUCGACUCGGGUCUGCUUCGUCUAGCCGGUCAGAAUCUCAGAAAUCAAAAAUAUCUGUCUCAAAUGUGUCGAGUGCCAAAUCCGAGGUAGACAAUGUGGACAGUGUGUCUGUGGUCAGUGUUUCUAGCGUGCAAGUGGCCGUGGGUUCGGGGGAUGUCCAGCAAGUGCCAGUACAACGCAAGGGUCAUUCCCGCAAACCGUCGGACGGUGUUAAACAGAUGGAGCCGAUUCACGAGAAACAGGAGGACAAAGGAAAGGGGGACAGUCUGCAGAGUUCCUCCAGCUCCACGGUUACCUCCCAGGACACUGUUGUCGCUGUGACUGUGGUUAAUAAGGAGCCUGAAGAGUCACAACCACAAGAGAAGAAAGAGAGACUAAAAAAAAGAAAAUUUCUACGAAAUAAAAAGUCCGAGCAAACCGAAGUCAGCAAUAAAAAUAAAGAAGUAGAAGUAGAGACAGAGCAACCUCCUCCGAAGCCUAUGGUAACAUCAGCACCUCAUUCUCUAUCCGAGCUUCCAAAAGCCGAAGAAAGUCGUGGGUUACCCCAGAAACGCGAGGAGUUGGUGAAGAACCAGAUACAGAAGGAAGAGAGGUCGGACUCGUCAAAAUCAUCGACGUCUAGUGUCUCCAGCUCAAGGGAAGAGUACCCCAACUUUGACCUCGAAACUCCCAGGAGUCUACCUAAUAUAUCAGCAAGAGAAAGAAGAAGAAGUAAAAAUCCUGCUGCUGCUUCUCUGGAGAAUCCCAAUUCAGCCAGAAUUAAAUUAGUAAAAGUUCCAAGUGAUCCACUUGUUAACAAGCAAAGGAAAUUAAGUCAAGGUGAACCUCAGAAAUCGAAGCAGAUGUCUAAGAAGGCGAUGAGGCAGCCGUCCAUGCAUGAUGAAAGUAGCUCAGAUGAGGAGAGCACAUCAAAUAGUGAGAAAGAAAAGAGACGUGAGAACAAGGAAAUCAACAACUUCAUCUCGCUGCUGGACACAACACUUCACUUGAACCAGAAGGACGAUAAAUCGGAGGAUGAAGAAGAACUGAUCCCGAUUGAUAACACCAACAACAGGGUGAACGGGACAGCCGAGAAGUCUAUCCCUGAACGUUCGGCCGAUUCCAUCGCAUCCGCAUACCGAGUAGACUGCAUGCCCAGUGUUGAUACUUUAUGUGAUUCAAAUCGACUGAUGAAUAGAAUACGACUCCUACACACAGACUGCAUCAAAGGUGUGGGGUACGACAUUGUACGUAAAGCAUGUGAUAUACUGAAUAAUAUAGAAGAUGAUGAGAUUGAGCCACAGCUUGUUGCUCUGAUGGGAAAAGAGAAGUUUGACGAAUACGCAGGAAAAAUUUGGCAGCUCAAAUUCUGUGAAGAUUCACUGUAUAAGUGAUCAUUUCAUCUAAGGACAUUUCUUUGACAAAUCUGUGCCAUCUGAAGUGUGCAUAGUCAUAUAAGAGUUUAACCAAGGAUAUUUGUGAUAAAAACAAGUACUUCUGACUGGUUUCUCAGAACUUGUAACCGGACCACAUCUUUUUUCUUGGAGUGGCAUAGACAAUCGUUUCUCAAUCUGUGAUUUACAGCAUCUUUGCCAGUCUAUGUAAGAUUAAGUUGGGGUUUUUAAAAUAACAUUUCAAGCAAGACUUCAAUAGACAGAAAUGACUAGAAUUUUAAAAACUGCCCUAAUUGGUGUAGCAAAAUAGCCAUCUGGUUUCCAGCAUUUAAAAGAUAGAGAAUCCAUCUCGACUAGUCUCGAUGAACUGAAAACGAUGCACCAAUAUGCUGUUGUAAUGGCCAUUACACAUAUUUUGCAAUGCACAUGUGAAUGGAGUAAUGUGAUGGAUCUAAAUAACAUACUAUUUGGAUGGAUCUAAGCAUAUGUUGUCAUAAUACUGUGGAUACGUUUAGGUAAAAGAAAUAUUUCAAAGAGUACUGUGUAAAUUGAAAGCAAACCAGAGUAUUACAUAGCCACGUUGAAGGAUGAUCAUAUUUUCUUGAGUUGAAUCAAACCAAUGUAUAUAGGAGAUUGUACGCAAAACAUAGUAUACAUUUUAUGCUACUUGUCAUAUUUACACUUUUAUAUUUGAUCAUGUAUUAUAGUAAUAUCAUUCUGUUAUUUUGUAGUUUGAUAUGAAAUUCAUAUUGAAUUAUCCGUCCUGUUAAACAUAUCAUUUAGAUUUUAUGUGUUUGAUUACUGUGCCAAGAGCAUAUACAUGUGUUUCUAUUAUUAUUAUUAUUACUGUAACGGUAAUUAUAAAAUCCUUUUACAAACACACUGAUACUUUGUUCUUCAAUCGUAGAACUGUUCUCAUUGUACUAAUACUUGUAUGUUUAUCUUAUAUUUAAAUAACACAAUUUAUCAACAUAUUGAUGGUGACGUUUUUAGUUUUGUACAGAGUGAAGUACCAUUCUCACUUGGCAUAUACAGGCCCGUAGGAACCGGGUGGGGAGCACGUGCUCCCCACUUGUGAGUCUUUUUUUUUCUUCACAUUAAUGUAUGCCAUUGUAACCGAAAUCUGAUAUAGAGUUUAUACCCAAUGCAUCAGUGCCCCCCACCCCCCCCAUAGGAACCAGGUGGGGGGCACGUGCUCCCCACUUGUGAGUCUUUUUUUUUCUUCACAUUAAUGUUUGCCAUUGUAACCAAAAUCUGAUAUAGAGUUUGUACCCAAUCCGUCAGUGCCCCCUCCCCCUCCACUCCCAAAGUCGUUCCUAUGGGCCUGAUAUAGUAACCUGAACAUCCAUUCUCAACUUAUUUUCAUGCCUGUUUUGCCCAAAAUUGUCAGGAUAACUGGUUGUUUUAAACUCUUAAUCAGUAUUUGUUAUGAACUAACACAGUAAUUGAUUCCCCCACAUCUCAUUGGCACAUGAUUUCAUGUUCAGGUUUUUGUUUUCUUAAAAAAUAAAGUUUAUAUUAUUUCAUUUGUUUUAACAACAUAAUAUUUUAUACAGCUUAUUCUGGGCAUAAAUCUGAAUCAUUGUGAAAGUCACAUUUUAGUUUUUAUUAUACAAUGUCAUUUGUGCAUAUAUGUCAAACUUCAUUGUCUAGUAGUAAAAGAAGCUUUGAAAUCUAAUAAAUAUGUACUGCAUGUGUAAAAUAUAUAUAUGUUCGCAUUCGAUGCAUGUUGCAAAAUACAGCUUACAUUGCUGUUGACAGCUAAUAUUAAAGAGACAUACGUGUAUAAGUUGAAUGUACUUGUAUAUGCAUUGUGAGUGUUGCUUUAUUUUUGAAGAAAUAUGUGACUAUAUUACUGUAAUUAUGUUGCAUAUAUAUAGGUAUAUUAUAUGAAAAUUCACAAAGACGGUUUACUUUGACAAUAAUGCAAUAACCAAGUUGGUAUUUACAAACCACAAUUUAAUGCUUAGUUUGCAUUAACAUGACUAUUUUUUAAAAUAAGUUAAAGUAGCAUUGCAGUAUUAUUGAAGCAUUAUAUGCAUUAAAAAUUACUUUUCUUUUUAUUUGUAAAGGUCUAUUUUUUUCUGUGAUGCAAAAUAAAUAAAUAAAGUAAUGUUCCAUUUCAUACUAAAAUUAUUCACAAUUUAUAGCAUUUUAAUUAGAGAAUUUCUUUUUAUUAUUAUAAACUAAACUGUUGAUAUUGUACAGUUGCAACAGUUGUACAUAAUACUGUACAAACAUGGUCAAACAUGCCAAUGUCAACUGACAAUGCUACUUUAAUUGCUACUUCAGUAGAUUUGAACGAUUACAGCAUGUCACCAUUAUACCUCAUUUUAUUAAUAUAUCUCUUAAUAGUCAUUAGUCAAUGGAUGUGUAAUAUAUUGUAUAUGUCAUAUUUAUCAGAUAGUUGACAUAAUAGGUGCUCUUGACAUAAUCUGUAGAUAGUAAAUUACAAUAUAUUGACAAACAACAUUCCAUUUUGAGUAGCCAUGCAUCAGAUUGAAUGUGAUUAUGAAUAUUUAGAUUUUCGUUCGGUUUCAUUUUAUUUACUGCAUCACACCUGCAGGUAAAGCUGCUUUUACCUGGCAUAUGGUAUGCAGACUUCAGAGUGUGGUAUAGAUGUGUUUUAUCACUGUAAACUUUACUGAUGGAAAGAAAUACGGGAUCACAUCAACUAUAGCAGCUGUGUUCACACUUGCACAAGUUAAACUGAUUCAGCUAUACUGGUUUGGCUACAACAAUUUUGGUUGGAAAUGAUGAGCAUUCACACAUACUAUAGCUAUAUUGGCAUACAGCAGAAGUGUAGUUACCUGUAUGUGUGCAAGAUGUAAAAAAACCCAUUGGACUAUGAGUCUGUUAGGUCACUGCUAACACAAUUACUGCUUAUUCUGACUGUCACAUCGCUGUCACUUCUGCCUUAUACCAGUUUAACUAAAACAGUUUGUGUUCACACUUACAUUUUAAACUGCUUUAGUUACACCAGUUUAACUAAACCACAUACCAAAUUGUUUUAGCUACAUGUAUACUCGUUUAGCUAUAUCUUUAUUGCCAAAAGAUCGCAUUCACAUUUACAUUUUAAGCUGGUUUAGUUAUACCAGUUUUGUUAUAUAAGUUUAGUUAUACCAGUUUUGUUAUACAAGUUUAGUUAUACAAGUUUAGUUAUACCAGUUUAAAGUGUGAAUGCAACUAUUAACAGGAAAAUGUUACUGAAACAAAAACCUUCACACAGUCUUUGUACUUUAUACACACAUUAUGACACUAACAAAAAUUGAAAUUUGGUUUUUAAUCUUAAUUGUUCCCUUCUUUCUUUCUCUCGGCACAUUUUCCUUUUAUUUAUUUAUAUCCAGAAUGCAGUAUGCAGAAUGUGGAUCGUAUAUAAUACAUUUUGCCUUCCACUUUCCUUGUGCCGUGUUCAGAUAAAAGCAGCUUACGUUUUUUUAGUAUUCAAUAAAAAAAAAUAUUGCAAGUUUUGUAUUUUUAUGUAUACGUUGCCUUUUUACAUUCUUAAUGCUUGUUAGUAUGAAUGUCACAAAUCAUGUUUUAUAAAUUAUUCUUAUUAUGUAAAUUCAGAAGCAAAAUAUAGAUACUGUAUACUAGUUAGUAAUGAAAACAUUAUAAUUUUAUUAUUGCAUUUAUUUUCAUUUUUAAUUAAUUUCUUUUGCUAUUUUCAUCAAUAAUUCCACGUGCCAGUGCUGACCCUUUGACUUAGGUCUGCGGGUUAUACUGCCUUCAGUGAUAAUGUACAUUUUUAUUUCUCUUGUGUGUGUGUGCGUGCAUGAGAGAGAGAGAGACACACAGACACAGAUACGACAGACAGACAGACACAGACACAACAGACAGACAGACAGACCGAGAAUGAGAGAUGAUUAAAUUAUUAUUAUUAUUACUGUAACGGUAAUUAUAAAAUCCUUUUACAAACACACUGAUACUUUGUUCUUCAAUCGUAGAACUGUUCUCAUUGUACUAAUACUUGUAUGUUUAUCUUAUAUUUAAAUAACACAAUUUAUCAACAUAUUGAUGGUGACGUUUUUAGUUUUGUACAGAGUGAAGUACCAUUCUCACUUGGCAUAUACAGGCCCGUAGGAACCGGGUGGGGAGCACGUGCUCCCCACUUGUGAGUCUUUUUUUUUCUUCACAUUAAUGUAUGCCAUUGUAACCGAAAUCUGAUAUAGAGUUUAUACCCAAUGCAUCAGUGCCCCCCACCCCCCCCAUAGGAACCAGGUGGGGGGCACGUGCUCCCCACUUGUGAGUCUUUUUUUUUCUUCACAUUAAUGUUUGCCAUUGUAACCAAAAUCUGAUAUAGAGUUUGUACCCAAUCCGUCAGUGCCCCCUCCCCCUCCACUCCCAAAGUCGUUCCUAUGGGCCUGAUAUAGUAACCUGAACAUCCAUUCUCAACUUAUUUUCAUGCCUGUUUUGCCCAAAAUUGUCAGGAUAACUGGUUGUUUUAAACUCUUAAUCAGUAUUUGUUAUGAACUAACACAGUAAUUGAUUCCCCCACAUCUCAUUGGCACAUGAUUUCAUGUUCAGGUUUUUGUUUUCUUAAAAAAUAAAGUUUAUAUUAUUUCAUUUGUUUUAACAACAUAAUAUUUUAUACAGCUUAUUCUGGGCAUAAAUCUGAAUCAUUGUGAAAGUCACAUUUUAGUUUUUAUUAUACAAUGUCAUUUGUGCAUAUAUGUCAAACUUCAUUGUCUAGUAGUAAAAGAAGCUUUGAAAUCUAAUAAAUAUGUACUGCAUGUGUAAAAUAUAUAUAUGUUCGCAUUCGAUGCAUGUUGCAAAAUACAGCUUACAUUGCUGUUGACAGCUAAUAUUAAAGAGACAUACGUGUAUAAGUUGAAUGUACUUGUAUAUGCAUUGUGAGUGUUGCUUUAUUUUUGAAGAAAUAUGUGACUAUAUUACUGUAAUUAUGUUGCAUAUAUAUAGGUAUAUUAUAUGAAAAUUCACAAAGACGGUUUACUUUGACAAUAAUGCAAUAACCAAGUUGGUAUUUACAAACCACAAUUUAAUGCUUAGUUUGCAUUAACAUGACUAUUUUUUAAAAUAAGUUAAAGUAGCAUUGCAGUAUUAUUGAAGCAUUAUAUGCAUUAAAAAUUAC